AUGGCAGAAACAACAAAAGGUCAAGCAAGUCCGCGCGCUCAUUUCUUUCAUGUUACUCCUUCCCGCUCGGAUGAAGAAUUUCAACCCCAAAGCAAAGUGACAGAGGACAAAGAUAAUAUUUAUGUGGAAAUUGAUUUGCCAGGAAUUAAGAAAGAGGAAACUAAAAUUGAGGUCUACGAAAAUAUUUUGCGGAUUUCUGGGAACAGAAAAGAAAAAUUAAAACGAGAAAAUGCCAAGCAGCAUUAUUCUGAAGUCUUUUAUGGUUCUUUUACUCGGGAAUUCGUGUUGUCAGCAGCAGUCGAAAAAGAAAAAAUUAAGGCUCGUUAUGAGGAUGGAGUUUUAUUUAUAACCAUUCCUAAAACAACUAAAGGCCAAGCCCAAAUAGUAGAAAUAGAAUAA